AUGAUCUAUGGAAUAUACCAUUUCAAUGAGGAACAAAGGAGGCAAAUAAUCGCAGUUCACAAUCAGUUACGGGCUCGGGAACCAGCAUCAAACAUGCAGGAAUUAGUUUGGGAUCAACAGCUCGCUGACCUGGCGUACGGUCACGCUAAACGAUGUGAUGCUUGGCAUCGUAGCGCUUACGAACGACAAGGUCAUGGUUAUUCCUAUAUUGGUGAAAAUAUUUGGUGGAGUAAUGAAGCUUAUCUACGGUCCAAUCUGCAGUCAGCAAUGUUAGAUUUCUUCAAUGAAAGACCAUAUUAUGAUUACAAUACAAAUAAAUGUAUGAAAGGUGCUCAGUGUGGACAUUAUACACAGUACGUUUGGGGUGAAACAUGUGCUGUGGGUUGCGCUGCAGUUCAUUGCAACGGUAUCAAAAAUGGAAGAGGUAUAAAUCAAGGACACAUUAUUAUCUGUAAUUAUGGUGAAGGUGGCAAUCAAUUUGGGAAACGGCCUUAUAUCUUUGGACCACGAUGUUCUAAUUGUCGAUGUGGCGGAGAAUGUACUUCAGAAGGCCUCUGUCCUCCAUGCUGCUCCGGCAUGCGUUAUUCACAGCAAAGUAAUUUCUUGCCUUCACCGAUACUAAGAACACAACAGUCCCGUAAAUCAUGGCAAAACAAGAUAGGUGUGCAGCAAAAGCAUAAAAACUAUCAGCAAAAUGGAAAUGGCAAAUUAUAUAAUUAUGAGUGUCGAGACUUUGAGCCAUUUUGUGAGCAUUGGGCUCGAAAUGUCGGAUGCUACAGUAAGCAUCGAAAUUUCAUGAUGAAACGGUGUCCUAAAACUUGCAAUACUUGUUAUCCAUUUUUUUCUGCUGUUAAUCAAGGAGAUGCGCAUCCUGUCAAUUGCGUUAUUUCAGUGCGCAGCUGUAUUGAUAAUAAUCGAAAUUGUAAUCUUUGGGCACAACAUGGUGAAUGUUACGGCUCUCGAAAAGCGUAUAUGGCAGCGAAUUGUCGAUUUUCUUGCGCUCUUUGUACUCCAUCGAGCUAUUAUGAACGCAAAUAUCAGAGUAAUAGCUUUAACGAUAUAUUAAUUAAAAUUUGA